UAUUCAAAACCUGAUAGGCAUCCUGGGCCUAUUCUGGACAAAGUUAUGGAGUCUAGUUUUUCAGGCCCUCAGUCUUUCCCAGAGGCCUUGUCUCCUGACAGAGGACCACAGCCCAGCAAGCAACAUAGAAGUCUCUCUUCAUGCUGCAGCCCAGGACAAAAAAGUGGGAUGUUACAUAGAAAUGCCUUUCGGAGGACUCCUCCCUUACCUCGGGGUAGGUUCAAUGGAAUUACAGGACCAGCAUAUCAACAGCUGGAAGAGUCAAGGAUGACGGACCAGGACACAAUACCUUGUCACGGGUAUUCAUCCAGUGGUUUAAAACCUCCUCAGAAUACUUCAAUAAAUAUGCAACUGCCUUCAAGAGAGACAACCCCUUAUUUUAAUAACGUGGAUCAGAAGGACUUGGUCAGCUAUUCAUCUUCAAGGGCCAACUCCGUUCCCAUCAUCCCAUCUGUGGGUUUGGACGAAGCCUGCAUGCAAAUGCAAAAUGUUUCUGAAGUAACAGGCAUCAAGUGGUGCAAAAACUCCUAUUCAGCUGAACUUGUCAAUGUGAGUUCCCCCGUCAGUAAUUGUCUUAUAGCAGAACAACACGAAGUGAAAAUAUUGCUAGAAACUGUGCAGGAGCAGAUUCGGAUUCUGACGGACGCGAGGCGGUCGGAGGACUAUGAGCUGGCGAGCGUAGAAGCAGAGAGCAGCGUGAGCGAAAACACGGUCUUUCUGCCCAUGAGCCCCAUGGCCAAGUCAGAGCGAGAGGCACAAUUUGUCUUAAAAAGUGAAACGCAAAGAGACUCGGUACUGACCAAGUGA